GCGCGGGCGCAUGCGACGGAGAGACACACAGGAGUACCAGUCGGAGAGUCAGCAGUAGCGGCGGCGGCAUCACAUCUCCGCGAAUUGCACAUACUCUGUCUCGCUUUCAGUUCGUAUAGCGCGCGAUGUCGGCGGCUUGAAUCACGUGGCACUCGAGUUUCCAGCGGCCAAGACCGAUGCAGUGAGAAGAAAAUGUGCCGCCCGUGGCCGUCGAGCUCUCGGUGAAGUGAAGUGCUGUGUGCGCACUACCGCGCGUUUCCACGUACUUGUACAUAUAUAUAUAUAUAUAUAUAUAUAUAUAUAUGCGUACACGCAAAGGCGAGCGAGUGCCAGUAUAGUACGCGUUUCCACGUACUUGUACAUAUAUAUAUAUAUAUAUAUAUAUAUAUAUGCGUACACGCAAAGGCGAGCGAGUGCCAGUAUAGUGCCUCCCUGUCUCCGUCUCGUGCAGUGGCCUCGCGCGCGCAGCUAUCUCUCUCGCGCCCCCUUGAUGUGAGCGCAGCAGCAGCAGCCGCGAGCGCAAUGGCGAGUUGUAUUAGAAACAGAAACUCCACUCGACAUUGCGACGAAGCCAUCGACGAUGAUAACGAUGAAAAGGACGACACAAAAAGGAAAUCCCGAAAUCUAAGUGAGAAGAAACGGCGAGACCAGUUCAACAUGCUAGUUAAUGAACUAGGUAGUAUGGUUAACACUAACACAAGGAAAAUGGAUAAAUCGUCGGUCCUUAAGUCAACAAUACUUUUCUUAAAAAAUCACAAUGGUAAAUUGAUGAUGGAGCCAGAACUUGCAGUAAGAUCAAGAACUCACGAAAUACAAGAAGACUGGAAGCCUUCCUUUCUAUCAAACGAAGAAUUUACACAUUUGACGUUAGAGGCUCUCGAUGGUUUUAUUAUGUUGUUCUCUUUAUCCGGCCGAAUAUUUUACGUUUCUGAAAGUAUAACUUCCCUUUUGGGUUACCUUCCAAGUGAAUUAACGAAUACAACUAUCUAUGAAAUUGCUUUGCAAGAGGAUCAGUCUCAUCUAUACAACACAUUAGCUAAUGCCAGCAAUACGAGGGAUCAAAAUAGUAUUAAAACAGAGCAUCAAGUAUCAUUUACAUGCCACAUUAAGAGAGGAGGUUUGGACUUCAGAGAAGAGCCAAUUUAUGAACUUGUGCAAUUUAUAGGAUAUUUUCGUACAGGCAACGACGCUGAUGUUGAUAAUAUGAUACCAAAUAAUAGAUUUGGUAGUUGUGCCACUGGAGAAACAAAAACUGUUUUUGUAUGCACUGGACGACUUCAAGUACCACAAUUAAUACGUGAAAUGUCUGUUGUGGAUAAUACCAAAACCGAAUUUACCUCUAAACAUAGCUUAGAAUGGAAAUUUCUUUUUCUGGAUCAUCGGGCACCGCCAAUUAUUGGAUAUUUGCCGUUUGAAGUUCUCGGAACAUCUGGUUACGACUACUACCAUAUAGACGACCUUGACAAAGUUGUCACGUGUCAUGAAUCUUUGAUGAAAAAGGGCGAAGGUACGUCGUGUUACUAUAGAUUCCUUACAAAAGGCCAGCAAUGGAUUUGGCUGCAAACCAGGUUCUACAUAACGUAUAAUCAGUGGCACUCCAACCCUGAAUUCAUCGUAUGCACGCACCACGUUGUCAGCUAUACAGACGUGGUCAAACAUUUGAGGAUACAGGAAGACGAAAUGUCAUCAACAAAACGACCCAGUAAUAUUUCAAGUCAUAUACGCAUAUCAUCUUGGUCGGCGAAAUCUUCGAAAACUUCGCGACCAGCAGCGGUGCGUUCACUACUACGGCAUCAAAGUGAUGAAUCCGAUUCAACAGCAGCAACAGUAUGUUCCAAGAGCUCUCAGUCUUUUCAAUCAAUGCCGCAGUCAGUCCCAAAGACAAAGAUAGCUCCAACCAAUAGCUUGACAAGUUAUAAGCCCAUCAUGCCAAGCAAUGAUAAUACGUCAACGGACACUCAACCCCAGCAGCAAACACAUCCUGCUUAUCAACAAUCGCAGCCACAACAGCCGCAACAGCCACAAGAGCAGCAACAGCAGGAUCAGCAAGCGGCACAAAAAAUGAAAGUAGAGCAACAGCAUUGUUCUGAUUUUGUGGAACCUACACAAUUUUCAGCCGAACCAAUGGAAACGGUUGUCGGUGGUUCUUACUCAGGAACGACGGAUCCGUCAUUGAUCACACUGCUACAAACGACCGAGAUGCGUCAUCAGCCAGGCUUAGUGAUAACACCAGUGCAAAAUCAAAUUCAGGAUGAACUGCAGCGAAAGCAUGAGGAACUCCAGCAGUUAAUUGUUCACCAACAGGAAGAGUUAAGAAGAGUAUCAGAGCAAUUAUUGAUAGCUAGAUAUGGAAUGUUUUCACCGUUACUUAAUAUGGGAGUACCGUACAAUGCAAAUCUAUGCCAACAACCUACUCAUUGUUCAAGUACUCCAAAUCAUAGUGUGCCAGGUGUAACUGCAUUAGCGGUGCCAAUCGCACUUCCACUAAAUAUUGUACCUCCAGAACUGUUUCCUCAUUCCCCAUCAGUAAAUACAGUCUUGAACACGUCCAUAUCAGACCACAGUAAUGUCAUCCAGAUGAUGACUCCACAACAACAACAACAACAGCAGCAACAACGACAACAGCUACAGAUACGACCUCAUCAACAGUUAACCCAACAGCAUCAACCAAAGGAGCAGACAACGGAUAUCAUUGCCUUCCAAAUGUGCCAACAGAACGACCUACUUUAAGAAAACCUUAACACGACAUCUAAUCAGCAACAUAGAUCAACCCGAAAUUAGAGAUUGAAAAAUAUUUAAAAGUUAAAUUGUGGGUGCUUGUGAUAUAAAAUGCAGUGGUUACAAAAUUUUAUAAUUUUUUUCACGAACUACUUAUUUACGUAUAUAUUAACUUAUUGAAAGAUAACUACAUCACAUUGUGCAACUUUUAUUACAAGAAUUUUUGUUCAAAGUGGAACUUUGUAGUGUUUAGACAAUGAAAAACAAUUGAGGUGCAUCGUUACGUGGUUGUGAAAAACUUAAUUGUGUCGAAUUCUGCAACGAUUUUAGUGUUUUUUUUAUUAUACUGGUGCUUUAAUUGUCGUGAUUCAAAAAAUAUUUUGCUGUUGCCUUCGUCAUAAGGUAGUUGAAUCAACUCAUAUUAUAGUUUAUUUAAAAAAAAGAUAUUUUUGUAGAUAAGAAGAGCCGUUCGUAUGGAUUGCAUACUAUUUGAGUAAAUGAGAGAUAGUGAAUUAAGAAAUAUUAUAUUGUUAUAAGUAAAAUUUAUAAACAUGAGAGUUCGUAUAGUGUUAUUAAUGUGGGUUUAUUCUCAUGAAAUAAUGAGAUCAAUUCAUACAAACUAUUCAAUUGUUUAAUGUGUUAUAAUUUAAUGAGCUUACUUGCAGAAACAAUUUUGCUAUUAAAAUUUUUUAUUUCUAGAGUAAGAUGUAAAAUAUAGUACAUUUCGAUAUGAGUAAGAGAAUAUGAUUUAGUCCUGUGUGAGCGAAGUGAAUGCGAAAAAGUACUAUUUUAUCGUAUCUGCCUAUCCUAAGUCCGAUAUGUCACAACUACCUGUGUGACAGAGAGAGAGAGAGAGAGAGAGAGAGAGAGAGAGAGAGAGAGAGAAAGAGAGAGAGAGAGAGUACAAAAUUACUAAAACGAGUAAAGAAAUAAAACAUAUUAUACGUAUAUACUGUACGAUAGAAAUAAUAUGAAUAUAUAAAUUAUACUUA